GAGAGGGUCUGAUUGGUUCCUAGAAGUCGCCGCGCCCCGCCUCACAGAAGGAUGUACCAAUGAGCUGAGCGGAGGGGCGGCCUCCGCGCGGGGCGGUCGCUGAGGCGCCGGUGCUGCUAGACGGAGGCGGCAGCCGGUCACGACGUGGGGCGACCAGCGAUGAAGCCGCCUAGUUUAUUGCAAACAAGUGAGUUUGACUCAUCAGAUGAAGAGCCUAUUGAAGAUGAACAGACUCCAAUUCAGAUAUCAUGGCUACCCCUGUCACGAGUGAAUUGUUCUCAGUUUCUUGGUUUGUGUGCUCUUCCAGGUUGUAAAUUUAAAAAUGUUAGAAGAAAUAUCCAAAAAGAUACAGAAGAACUAAAGAGCUAUGGUAUACAAGACAUAUUUGUUUUCUGCACCAGAGGGGAACUGUCAAAAUACAGAGUCCCAAACCUUUUGGACCUCUACCAUCAGUAUGGAAUUAUCACUCAUCAUCAUCCAAUCCCAGAUGGAGGGACUCCUAACAUAGCCAGCUGCUGUGAAAUAAUGGAGGAGCUUGCAAUCUGCCUUAAGAAUAACCGGAAAACCUUAAUACACUGUUAUGGAGGACUUGGCAGAUCUUGUCUUGCUGCUUGUCUCCUACUAUACCUGUCUGACACAGUUUCACCAGAGCAAGCCAUAGACAGCCUGAGAGACCUAAGAGGAUCUGGGGCAAUACAGACUAUAAAGCAAUAUAAUUAUCUUCAUGAGUUUCGGGACAAACUAGCCGCACAUCUAUCAUCAAGAGAUUCAUUAUCAAGAUCUGUAUCUAGAUAAAAAAGAAUUUCAAAUAACAUAUAUAUGACCAUGUCUGAAAUUUAAGAGCUAUUUAACAUAAUUUGUAUUGAAACAAAAUUUACUAGUGUUAUCAACUUGAAUGUAAAUGUGUACGUGCAAAUAUUCCUAAAGCUUUUAUUGACAAAUUU